AUGGAGGGACCCAAGAACAAGAGAAAACUUGCCGCCACUGGUGAAUCACAAAAGCAGUCCAAAAAGCCAAAGAUUCGAGUGCAGCCAAAGAAAUCAUCGCAAAAGGCUCGCCGGACCGUUGCCCUCGAUUCGCUACGAUGGCGCACUUCCCAGCUUCCCGACAUGCUCAAUGAUGCUGAAGGCUUUUACGGACUGGAGGAGGUGGACGAUGUUGAAGUCUACAAGAAUGAGGACAAUAUUAUUCAAUUUAGAGCAUUUGACACGCAAUCAGAAGCUGCCAGUGACGCCGCCGGCGACGAGAGCGAUGAGUUCGAGGGCUUUGAUGACGAGCCAGUAGCGCCGGCCAGCAAGGAAACAGGAGCCAGCAAGCCCUCAGCGCCAGAACCAAAGACCGCUGAUGAAUCUGUCGCGAACAAGAAAGAGACAAAAGCGGAAAAGAAGGCCAAGAAGGCGAGCCAAGCAGUAAAGGACCCUGAACUCGAGAGCAACGUCUUUGCUGCCCUUGAGGAUGUCGAUGCGCCGCAAGACGAUUUUGAUGCAUCCGCCUGGGUACCAUUGGAACUUUCUCCGGCAUUGAUUUCCUCUAUUGCGAAACUCAAGUUCUCGAAACCAACUACCAUUCAAGCCGCCUCGAUUCCACACGUCUUGGCUGGCCAUGAUGUUAUUGGCAAGGCUUCGACCGGUUCUGGAAAGACUUUGGCCUUCGCCAUUCCCAUUGUGGAGAGAUGGCUUGAGAAUCAGGAAGAUGGGGCGACUGAAAACAAUGGCCCGCUUGCUUUGAUUUUGUCUCCGACCAGAGAAUUGGCCCAUCAGCUCACCGACCAUAUCAAGGCUUUGUGCCAGGGCCUUCCAAACUCACCAUUUGUGUGUUCUGUUACAGGAGGUCUGUCGGUCCUCAAGCAGCAACGACAACUGUCAAAGGCCAAUAUUGUGGUCGGCACUCCAGGUAGAUUGUGGGAAGUUCUAAGUUCAAGCUCGGAACUUAUGGGCAAGUUCAAGAGUAUUGGUUUCCUCGUCGUCGAUGAAGCCGAUCGACUCCUGAGCGAGGGCCAUUUCAAGGAGGCGGAGCAAUUGUUUGAUGCUCUAGAUCGAUACGAAGCAGACGAGGAAGAUGUCGAGGAGCGUGAGCCUACGCCCAGACAAACGCUAGUGUUUUCUGCCACAUUCCACAAAGGUCUGCAACAAAAGCUUGCUGGUAAGGGCAAGUAUGGGCUGAUGAAUAAGGAUGACUCUAUGGAGUAUCUCCUCAGGAAACUCAACUUUCGCGAAGAACGGCCAAAGUUUGUGGAUGUCAACCCCAUCUCCCAGAUGGCCGAGGGUCUGAAGGAAGGUCUCGUGGAGUGCGGUGCAAUGGAAAAGGACUUGUAUCUCUACACGGUUCUCUUGUUAUACCCGACCGCUCGGACCUUGAUCUUUACCAACUCGAUCAGCGCAGCACGCCGCAUCACGCCAAUGCUACAAAACCUCAACCUGAGCAGUCUUCCCUUGCAUUCUCAAAUGGCCCAGAAAGCGCGAUUAAGAUCCAUUGAAAGGUUCUCGGAAGCGCCCAAGGGCAAGGGAUCUAUAUUGGUUGCGACCGAUGUCGCUGCCCGUGGUCUAGAUAUUCCCAACGUGGAUCUUGUAAUUCAUUAUCAUGUGCCCAGGGCCGCCGACGCAUAUGUGCACAGGUCAGGAAGAACGGCUCGUGCCGAAAGAACUGGUGUCAGUAUUUUACUCUGCGCCCCCGAGGAAGUUGUUCCUACACGACGACUCAUUGCCAAGGUGCAUUCGGACAAGGGCAUGGGCAAGAACCAUUUCGUUCAGACGGUUGACAUGGAUCGCAAACUUGCCGGUCGUCUAAAACAACGAGUCACUCUGGCCAAGAAGAUUGCCGAUUCUACUUUGGCAAAAGAAAAAGGCAGCAAAGAAGACGACUGGAUGCGCAACGCAGCCGAAGAACUAGGCGUCGAUUACGACAGCGAAGAGUUGGAAAAGGCCGGGAAAUGGGGUGGACGGGGCGGAGGACGAAAGAAGAAGCAGGACGAAGCCAGGUCCUUGACAAAAGCCGAGCUAGGCGCCAUGAAGGGGGAGCUCAAGGCUCUCUUGGCGCAGCGCGUCAAUACCGGCGUUAGCGAAAAGUACAUUACUUCCGGCUUGGUCGAUAUCGAUGAAUUGCUCAAGGGUGCCAAAGGCGACUUCCUGGGUAAAGUUGAUGGUCUUGAUAUUUCAAGUCUUUAA